GUUUUAUUUCAAUCUUUUGCUGAUCAGAUCCACAUAGACAAUGAUAUUUUGCAGCAGUUAAACUAUUUGUUGGAGCUGGUCCAUGCGGCAAUUGUGAACAGUCCAACUGAAUCACAUUUUGACACAGCUGUGGGUUUGAAGGGAAAACCCAGAAUGAUAAUCCAGAAAGAUCAGCUGCAACAUUUGUUAGACUCACAAUUCUCUGUACCAUGCAUAGCUCAGUUAUUAGGUGUAUCACCAAGAACUAUUUUUCGAAGGAUGGCAGAGUAUGGGCUGAGCGUGAGAGGAUUCUACAGCACCAUGACUGACGCAGAGCUCGAUAAUAUGGUCAGAGCUAUUAAAACACAGAUGCCCAAUGCAGGGUACAGGAGUGUAAAGGGACAGCUCAUGGCAAUGGGUAGCCGUGUUUCAUUUGGGAGAGGAUUACAGACUCAAUGCAUCGUCUCGAUGCAGCUGGAAUCCUGUCCCGACUUGCAAGGCUUGGCUGCACUGUACGAAGAUCAUACUCAGUACGAGGUCCCCUUGCAUUGGUGCACAAUGACACAAACCAUAAACUCAUCAGGUACAACCUGGUAAUAUUUGGUGGAGUUGAUGGAUUUUCCAGAAAGGUCCUGUACUUGGAUGCAGCAACCAACAACCGUGCCAAUACAGCAUUCUUCUUUUUCCUUGAGGCCACUCGGUUACAUGGUGUUCCAUCAAGGGAUCGUGGAGAUCAAGGCGUUGAAAAUGUGGACAUUGCCCAUUUCAUGUUUGAGAGACGUGGAACCGGUCGAGCUAGCUUUAUCUCGGGAAAGAGUGUACACAAUCAAAGGAUUGAACGGAUGUGGCGAGAUGUGUGGAUGGCUGUGACUUGCAUCUUUUAUGAUGUGCUUCACACGCUCGAGGAAGAUGGUGUUUUGGACAUAGCAAACAUAAUGCACCUUUUCUGCGUGCAUUAUGUCUUCCUGCCUCGCCUUCGAUCAGCACUACAGGUCUUUGUAGCUGGCUGGAAUCACCAUCCCCUCAGAACGGAGGGAACCACACCCCAGAGCAGCUGUGGCAGAUGGGACACCUCAACACUCCACUGGACAGUGAAAAUCUUGAGGACCUGCAAAAUCGAGAACUGGACAGGGAGGGUUCCCUGAUGACCCCAGAGGCCACUGUCGGAGGAGUUCAGGUCCCGGAAUUUCAACCACCUCUGCCUGCUGAAGAUCUGGCAGUACUUCAGUCGGCAAUCAACCCUUUAAUUUAUUCAGAUUCAAAUGGUUAUGACCUUUAUAUACAGGUGUUAGAAUUUGUUAAACACACGCUUCAACACCCCAUUGAUUAGGUAGUUCUGGGUCCAACUAA